AUGAAAGAAAGGAACCCUAACCACCACUGUGAGGUGGUGGCUGCCGCCACCGGCCGCCGUGUCGGGUGGCGGUAUGCUUGUCUUGUUGAGUUUGAUUCGUUUGGGUGCUUGAAACUAGCGGAUGUAGAACUUGAAGAAGAAGCUCAUGACAUUGAUGUUGUGGAGGUAGAUGUUAAAGUAGAGGGUGAAGAAGAUCAUGUAAAAAUGGAAAGGGAAAGGUGGUUUGAGGUAUGGAAGUAUUAUACUAGACUUCCAAUUGGUGCAGAUGGUGAUGAAGAGUUAUGUUUACAAGAUCUUACCGAAGAUGUUAUGAAGUUUGAUAACAAUGCUAAUGGUACACAUGAAGAAAUGGAGUCACAAGCUUGA